AUGAAGGUGCUCUGCUCUGCGUGCGAGGCCGCCGAGGCGCGCGUACUCUGCUGCGCCGACGAGGCCGCCCUCUGCGCGCGCUGCGACCGCGACGUGCACGACGCCAACCGCCUCGCCGGCAAGCACCACCGCCUGCCCCUCCUCUCCGCCGCCUCCAACCCGCCCGCCGUGUCCGCGCCAAACUGUGACAUAUGCCAGGAGGGCCACGCCUACUUCUUCUGCGUGGAGGACCGCGCGCUGCUCUGCCGGAGCUGCGACGUCGCCGUGCACACCGCCAACGCCUUCGUCUCCGCGCACCGGAGGUUCCUCCUCACCGGCGUCCAGGUCAGUCUCGAGCCCGACGAACAAGAAGAACCAGUGCCAGAGCCGGAGCCCGAGCCGCAACCGCCCAACAACGCCUCGUCGGCUCCCCUGCCACCGCCGAUGUGCCACAGGAAGAGGAGCCCGACGCCGCUCUACAGCGACGGAGAUAUCGACUGGGCGGCCGGCCCGGACGUCGGCAUCACCGGGAACUUGCCCGACUGGUCGGUCAUCGAUGAGCAGUUCGGCAGCGGUACCCCGGCGUUGAGGCCCGCGGAGCCGGAGGUAAUCAAAGCCCCUCCGAGGAAGAGUCCCCGGGUGGCCGUCACGGCGGCGAGCGCGGCACUUUUUGGCGGGAGCAUGCCGGACUGGCCGCUGGACGAGUUCUUCGGGUUCACCGAGUUCAACUCCGGCUUCGGAUUCGCAGAAAAUGGCACGUCCAAGGCCGACAGCGGGAAGCUCAGCUCGCCGAACCGCCGUUCGAUGUCGUCGUCCUCCUCCGGCAACGCCACCCAAAACGCGCAAGAUUUCUUCGGCCAGGUGCCGGAGGUCCACUGGUCGAGGUCGACCAUGCCGGAGCUCCCCUCCCCGCCCACGGCCUCAGGCCUCCACUGGCAGGGAGACCCGCACUACGGCCCUGCCUCCGACUCCGCGGCCGUGUUCGUGCCCGACAUCUGCUCCCCGGAGAACCCCUUCCGGUGCUUCACGGCCGGCGCCGAUCAGCAGCUCAAGCGCCGGCGGCGAUGCUAA